CAGAGGCUGAGCAUCGCCUGUUUGAGCGCCUCUUUGAAGAUUACAACGAGAUCAUCCGGCCUGUGGCCAAUGUGUCUGACCCAGUCGUCAUCCAGUUUGAAGUGUCCAUGUCUCAGCUGGUGAAGGUGGAUGAAGUAAACCAGAUCAUGGAGACCAACCUGUGGCUCAAGCAAAUCUGGAAUGACUACAAGCUGAAGUGGAACCCCUCAGACUACGAUGGGGUGGAGUUUAUGCAUGUACCUGCACAGAAGAUCUGGAAGCCGGACAUUGUGCUGUAUAACAAUGCUGUUGGGGAUUUCCAGGUGGAUGACAAAACCAAAGCCUUACUCAAGCACACAGGUGAAGUGACUUGGAUACCUCCAGCCAUCUUCAAGAGCUCGUGCAAAAUUGAUGUGACCUACUUCCCAUUUGAUUACCAAAACUGCACCAUGAAGUUCGGUUCCUGGUCCUACGAUAAGGCGAAAAUCGACCUAGUCUUGAUUGGCUCCUCCAUGAACCUCAAGGACUACUGGGAGAGUGGUGAGUGGGCCAUCAUCAAAGCCCCAGGUUACAAACAUGACAUCAAGUACAACUGCUGCGAGGAGAUCUACCAGGACAUCACAUACUCUCUGUACAUCCGGCGCCUGCCCUUGUUCUACACCAUCAACCUCAUCAUCCCCUGCCUCCUCAUUUCCUUCCUCACUGUGCUCGUCUUCUACCUGCCCUCCGACUGCGGAGAGAAGGUGACACUCUGCAUCUCUGUCCUUCUCUCCUUGACCGUGUUUCUACUGGUGAUCACUGAGACCAUCCCAUCCACCUCCCUGGUCAUCCCCUUGAUCGGGGAGUACCUCCUGUUCACCAUGAUUUUCGUCACCUUGUCCAUUGUCAUCACAGUCUUCGUGCUCAACGUGCAUUACAGAACCCCAACCACGCACACAAUGCCCACCUGGGUGAAGACGGUAUUCUUGAACUUGCUCCCUAGGGUCAUGUUCAUGACCAGGCCGGCCAGCAAUGAAGAAAACACUCAGAAGCCAAGGCCCUUCUACAGUGCCGAGCUCUCAAAUCUGAAUUGUUUCAGCCGCACAGAAUCCAAAGGGUGCAAGGAAGGCUACCCCUGCCAAGAUGGGAUGUGUGGUUACUGCCACCACCGCAGGAUCAAAAUCUCAAAUUUCAGCGCAAACCUCACUAGAAGCUCCAGUUCCGAAUCUGUUGAUGCUGUGUUGUCCCUCUCUGCUCUGUCACCAGAAAUCAAAGAAGCAAUUCAAAGUGUCAAAUAUAUUGCCGAAAAUAUGAAAGCACAGAAUGAAGCCAAGGAGAUUCAAGACGACUGGAAAUAUGUUGCCAUGGUGAUUGAUCGCAUUUUUCUAUGGGUUUUCAUCCUGGUGUGCAUUUUAGGGACAGCAGGAUUGUUUCUGCAACCCCUGAUGGCCAGGGAUGAUGCGUAAGCACUGACCUGUGUUUGCCUGAGGCUUACCUGUGUGUGUUUUGAGGGAGGGAGAUGUCUGUUUCUUAAUAGUAAUACAUUUUCUGUUACCACGCUACCAGCUUUGAUUUUGGCAUUUCAAGAUUUACUUAUUGCCCUGGUUUUUGGCCAAAAAGGAAAGGAAAAAAAUCAUGCAAAGAAACCCAACAAGAAUACUUAUAUGUAUAAAUGAACAUUUAGCCUUUUUUGACAAGAUAAAGAAGUGUCAAAAUAUAAAUUAUUCUACCUGGGCAUGAUGGCACAUAUUGUAGUUCUAAUGACUCAGGAGGCUGAGGCAGAAGAACAAAUUUUGAGGUCAGCCUCAAGAACUUAGGCUCUAAGCAACUCAGUGAGACCCUGUCUUAAAAUAAAAAUAAAAAGGGCUGGGUGUGGCUCUGUGAUAAAAUAUUCCUAGGCUAAAUACCCAGUACCACAAGAAAAGAAAAAAAAAUUCAGUUCUUCCACAGUGAUUAAGUAGUGUACUAUACUAUGGAGCAUGUGAAAAAAGUUUUUAUUUUUUGUUUUCUUUUGACUGCUUGAAACCUAACUGGAUAGAAAAACUUCCUGUUCAGAAAUAUGAAAAUCUUGUUCAGUAUACUACAAAUCUCCCAAUAUUAUUUAGCCCAUAAUCUCCUUUAAGUUUUUACUUCAGGAGUAUUCCCACUAUUACCAUUUCUUACUGUGCAUUUCUUAUUUUUUACUGUCUUUCAAGAAGUCUAAGGGGCAUAGCUCCAUUUCAGCUAUUUAUCUUGUGUAACUCCAAAUCAUCCCAUAAGAAAUUAUACCCAGUCACACAUUCAGGCUACUAUAAUCAAAUACCAUAAACUGAGUAGCUUAUAAGUAGAAAAUUAUUUCUCACAAUUUAGGAGCCUGGGGGAUCCAAAAUCAAGGCACCAGCAAGACUCAGUGUCUAGUAGGGCUCUCUUCCUCAUGGAGGGUGCCUUCUAGUUGAGUCCUCACCUGGCUGAAGGGCUGAGUUAUCUCUCUGGGGUCUCUGUUAUAAGGGUACUGAUCCCAUUUGUGAGGGCAUGUCCCUAUGACUAAUCACCUCCUAAAGAUUCCACCUUCUGAUACUGUCACUCUGGGUGUUGGGUUUCAACAUAAUUUUAAAGAGACACAUUCAGACCAGAGUGUGAACCUUUAGAACAGGGGUUUCUGAACUUUAUUAGCUUUAUUACCAUUUUGGCUGAAUAACUGUGUGUUCGGGUGGGGGAUUGAGGAUGUCCUGUGCACUGUAGGAUCUUUAGAAGGACUGUGGCGUCUAUCUAUUAGAUGCCAGUGACAAGCCCUGCUCCCUCACCAGUUGUGACAACCAAAAAUGUUUCCAGAAAUAAUUUAAUUGGCAUUGGUUGAGAAGUAAUGCUUUAGACAAAUUAUUAGAAGAGUUUUCCAUACUAUACUUUUCAAGAUGAAUAACCACUGACAGGGAUGAUGAUUCAGAGGCCAUUUGAAUCUUCUCACUAGUUACUGUGAUAUUUUUCUUAUAUAAAAAUAAAAAUACAAUUGCAGUCCACUGUGACCUGUUCUGGUAAGUCAAAAGAUGAUUUCUGUAAAAUUUACUGAUAUAUAAAAAUCUUAAGUAACAGUGACAGGGAUAUGAGAGAUCAGGGAUGACACAAGCUAAGACAGCUAAGAAGCAAUUUACAUCAAACCAGACUAUUAAUUACCUUUCAUCAUUGUGACAAAAUACCUGAGACAACCAACCUAAAAAGAGGAAAGGCUUAUUUAGGCUCACCGUUUCAGAGGUUUCAGUCCCUGGUUGACUGGCAUAUUACUUCUGGGCCUACUAUGAGGCAGUAUGUCAUGGUGGGAUGCAUGUGGUAGAGCAAAGCUAUUUAUCUCAUAGUGGCCAGGAAGUGGGGGAGGGGUGAGGCUGGAGUCCUAGUAGUAUUUUCUUAAAGGAUACACCCUAGUGACCUAACUUCCUUCUACUAGGCUCUACCUCCUAAAGAUUCCACCACUUCCCAAUAAUGCCACAGUUUGGCAACCAAGCCUUCAACAUACAGGCCUUUGGAAGAUGUUUACCCUACCUAUAGCUUUUUUGCCUCUGGCCCCCAAAAGCUCAUGUCCAUCCCGUAAUGCAAAAUCAUUUAGAUCUUUCUCUAAGAGUCUUCAAAAUUUAAAUAUUCCAGAAUCGCUCACCUUCAAGACUCAAGGCAAAGUUGGCUAUGAGUUCCUGCUUAAAAAAAAAUUGAUAUAUAAAUCAAAAAGUUACACACUUCCAAGAUAUAGCAGCAUAGGGUAGACAUCCCUGUUCCCAAAGUGAGGAGUAGGGGCGUAGAUAGGAAAGAUCAGACCAAAGUACCAAAACCCAGCAGGAAAACACUGAACAGUAAGUCACCAUGUCUGGCAUCCAGGGCAUGCAGUGGCAGACUGUGGGAUCCCAAGGGCUUGGGCAGUCCUGCCUCUGUGCCCUUGCUGGCUGUAGCCCACAUGGCUACUCUCUUGAGCAGGCUCUGCUUGCUGCCUUCAGCUUACCUCAGCAGGCAUUCAAUGUUCCAGAAUCUUUAACUUCCUGGGGUUUCCACUGCAGCUUCUGUUUAUUCUCACAGCUUCAAGCAUCUCUUGAGGGCUGCUUGCAGGGGCUCUCACCUAUCACACAAUGCUUGGCCUCUCAGGAAUUCCCUCUAAAUUUUGGUGGAAGCCUGUGUGACUCCACAACUCUUGCAUUCUGCAUGUCUGCACAGCCAGCAUUUGUGGAAGACCCCAAGGUCUGCUACUAGCAUGAGCUGUAUGUACCAGGACCCACUUGAACCAUGGCUGCAGCAGCCUGAGUACCUACUCCCUAGAUGGCAUUGUGUGAGCAGGGUGUCUUUCUGCUUUUCCUUUUCUUUUUGCUCCCAACUCUCACUGUAAAUCUGGCUAAAAACAGCCAGCAAUACCCACACCAAAGCUUGAGCCUGAAUGUUGCGCUGCUGUGAAACUUCCUCUGCCAAAUAAACUAGUCCAUCACACUUGAGCUCUGCCUCCCACAAAGUUUUAGGCAUGGACAAAAUGAAUCCAGAUUCUUUGCCACAAUAUAAUACGAUGGCCUCAAAAUCCAAUUCCAAGUAGAGUCUUUAUUUCCAUUGGAACCCCCAUAAGCAUAUACUGUCCACAUUUCUAUCAGCAUUCUGGUCUUCUGAGACCUCACCAGAAACACCUGUUAAUCUGUUUAUAGCAUUCUAGGCUUUCUUUACUUCUCCAAACUUUUCCAAAUUCUUCCCACAAUCCAAUUUCAAAUGCUUCUGAAUGGCACUGUCAGGAAUAAUCAUAGCAAUGACUCUUUUUUUGUACCAGGGAUUGGACCCAAGGAUACUAAACCACUCAGCCUCAUCCCUGGCCCUUUUUACUUUGAGACAGGGUCUCACUAGAUUGCUUAUAGCCUCACUAAAUUGCUGAGGCUGGCUUUGAACUUGUGCUCCUUCUGCCUCAGCGUUCUGAGCCACUAGGAUUAUAGGCAUGCACCACCACACCUGCCCAAAGACUUGAUUUCUUGAUACUCAUUUUCUGUAUUAUUUUUCUGUCACUGACAAAAUACCUGAGAUAAUAAACUUAAAGGAAGAAAAGAUUAUCAUGGUUUCAGUCCAUGGUCAAUUGUCAUGUUGUUCUGGGGGCCUGUAGCAAGGAGCACAUCAUGGUGAGAAGCAUGGGGUAGAACAAAGCUAUUUAUCACGCAGUGGCCAAGAAGCAGUGAGGUGGUUGGUGGGAAGGGCCUAGUAUCCCAGUAUUCCCUUAAAGGGCACACCUCUACUGUCCUAACUUCCUUAAACUAGGCUCUACCCCUAAUAGCCUUCCAAUGACAUCACAGGCUGGCAACCAAGCCUUCAACACACAGGCCUUUGGGGACACUUAUCCAAACUGUAGCACAAACUUUCACUCAUUAAGUGGCAUUAAACACUUGCCUAUAGGAAAAAUGUAAAUUUGACAGGGUCUCCUCUUCCCUCCAAAGAGUGUUGACUUGAAGAUAGAUGGGUUACUUACUACAAAUAAAUAAUGCAUUUACUAUCUCAACAGCCAAGAGUUCUAAAUUUAACGCAAGGUUUCUAUCAGUGUUUUCUUCCUGGUUACAGGUGAGUCAGGGACAUUUGGAGAUGAUGUACUACUUACUGAUAUAUACUGUACUAGUAAAAGGCUAAGACUAGAUUACAUCUAAACAUCCUGCAACUCCAAUAUUCUAUUAUUGUAAUUGUUGAAAUGAAAGAAAGCAAGUAUUAGAUAUGUAAUGAUAUGCUUAUACCAAAUUAGAAUACCAUCUUUAAGCUUAGAAGACGGUUUUCUCAUAGAAUGUUCUAGACAUAGACAUGCUUUUAAAAUUUUUAAAAUUUAUGUAAUUACAGUGAACUCUUCUGAGAUCAAGGAUAAAGAGAUGCCACCAUAGUUUGUAUAGAUGGCUCUAUUAAUUGUGGGGAAUAUGUACAAGGGGGUUGAAAUUAAUGUUAAGGACAUGCUCCUGCACGUUGACAAGAAUUGUCUGGUAUGUGAUUUUACAAUGGAAGGAAAGCUAUAAAGAUAGUUAAUAAAAUAUUUACUUGGUUUAAACAUCUAAAGAAUAAAGCCUUA